GCGAGGCGGACUCACUUCCACAACCCCUUCUUGCCUGUAGUUCAGCCGGACAAACGGCGGGGUUGACAGUCGGUCAUCCCUCAGAGGUAUGUGGACUUAAACUAUGCGUUUCAAGACCGACGCGGGGUAAAGAUGCAAUGGAGGUCAAUACUUGUUGGUCUUGUCGUAUUGAGACUGUCCCUCAGCUGCAUGCUGUGGCUAGCUUUCGGACUGGGACCUAGCUGGGGGUUCAACUUCCAUCUCGGUUUCAAUUUGCACAAACUGGACUUGCUGUUCAGGGAGGAAAAGGAGACCGAGCCGAGAGAUAACUCGUGGUCUCAACGAAUACACGGCCCCAGAUAUGAAGAGACGGAGACCACCUGUGCGUCGGCGGGAGAGGAGUCCCCCAAGAGGUCCUACCUGAGCUUCUUCGAUGGCAACAAGGACGAGUACGUGCGGAGAUACAGCUCUUUCCCGGACACACUAAAGGCCAAAAUGAAAGACAUGGCCAAAGAAAUGUUCUACUUCGGAUAUGACAAUUAUAUGAAAUAUGCCUUUCCCGAGGACGAGCUGAAUCCCAUUGACUGUGAAGGGAGGGGUCCAGACGUGCAAAACCCAUCAAAUAUCAACAUAAAUGAUGUCUUGGGGAACUAUUCCCUUACUCUCAUUGACACCUUGGACACUCUGUUGGUGCUCGGCAACGUGUCGGAGUUUCAGAGAGCCGUCAAACUGGUUAUAGAUACUGUAUCUUUUGACAAGGACUCAACUGUACAAGUUUUUGAGGCAAACAUCAGGAUAUUGGGAAGCCUUAUUUCAGCACACAUUCUGCUGACUGACCCAAAACAUCCUUUUGGCAAUGUGGGCUUUGAAGGUUACGAUAAUGAGCUGCUACAUUUGGCUCAUGACUUGGCGGUGCGUUUGCUGCCAGCCUUUGAGAACACCAGCACAGGCAUUCCCUACCCCAGGGUGAACCUGAAGAACGGAGUUCCCCCUGACAGUGUGAAUGAGACCUGCACUGCAGGAGCCGGGUCCUUGCUGGUGGAGUUUGGAAUUUUGAGCCGCUUAAUUGGAGAUUCGACAUUUGAGUGGGUAGCUAGACGAGCUGUUAGAGCCCUGUGGAACCUGAGGAGCAACGAAACUGGUCUGUUGGGCAAUGUAGUUAAUAUCCAAACUGGCCAGUGGGUUGGCAAGCAGAGUGGUCUUGGAGCUGGUAUGGACUCCUUCUAUGAGUACUUGUUUAAGUCGUACAUCCUCUUUGGAGAAAAAGAGGACUAUCGGAUGUUUACAGCUGCUUAUGAAAGCAUCCAGAAUCACAUGAGACGAGGGAGAGAGUCAUGCAAUGAAGGAGAAGGUGACCCACCUCUCUAUGUUAAUGUGAACAUGUUCAGUGGUGAGAUAAUGAACACCUGGAUUGACUCACUUCAGGCGUUCUUUCCUGGCCUUCAGGUGCUGAAUGGUGAUGUAGAUGAUGCCAUUUGCCUGCAUGCCUUCUACUAUGCCAUCUGGAAGCGCUUUGGAGCUCUGCCAGAGAGAUACAACUGGCAGCUGCAGGCUCCUGAUGUGCUUUUCUACCCUUUAAGACCAGAACUAGUCGAAUCUACUUACCUGCUGUACCAGGCAACCAAAAAUCCUUUCUAUCUGCAUGUUGGAAUGGAUAUUCUACAGAGCCUUGAGAAAAAUGCCAAAGUCAGAUGUGGGUAUGCAACUCUCCAUCAUGUUGUGGAUAAAUCCAAAGAGGAUCGCAUGGAGAGCUUUUUCCUCAGCGAGACAUGCAAAUAUCUUUAUCUGCUGUUUGAUGAAGACAACCCACUUCACAAAUCCGAUAACAAGUACAUCUUCACAACCGAGGGUCAUGUUGUGCCUAUAGACAAACGCUUCAGGGAGAAACAAUGGAAUGACGACUUUCCAUGUGAGGAGGGAGCACUGGCAGAAAGCGAGCCAGUCGACCAGCCUGCUCCAAGAAACAUCAGCAAUUGUAACAGGAUCCCAGAGGAGCGACGGUACACUCUCCCAUUAAAGAGCGUCUACAUGAGGCAAAUAGAUCACAUGGUUGGACUUUUUUGAGUGAUGGGAUGGAUGUAAUGACAUUGGCAGGAGCAGGCCUUCAUUGCACAGAUGAACUGACCACUUGUUGGUUAAAAUCCUCUUCCUGUCUGUUCUGCUGCUUGGGAAACUCACACUAAAGUAAUCCUGAGAAAGCAAUUUGAUUAAAUUAAGUUUGAGCUUUUUUCUGUUUUGGUGGAUGAAAAUGUUGCCAGACUUUUUCUGUGGGAAGAUGAGGAUUCAUCCUUCGUUGCAUUUUGGCAGGCAAAUCAUUGCGAAAGUGGUGAAUAACUGUUGUGUUCUUAUGGAACAAAAAAAAUGUCUGUUCAGGUAUGAAUGUGUGUGAUUAUGUUUGUGUAUGCACAUUUGAAUUCUCAGCUGAGCUGGGAAUCAUAAUGCUGUGUUAAUGGGAACAGUGCCAUCUAGCCACACAUAAAAAUGCAUAGCCUAUAAAAACACUCAACAAAAAGUCUCUCUAAACAUGAUGAUUUGGUGCCUCCGUGCAGGUGAUUCACACUAGAUCAGUGCUUCUACAUAAGGGCUGUAUAUUAACAGAUGAUAAUAACAGGUACGAACUGUCAAAUCCACAGGCUGCGUUAGAUCGUGCUCAUAGGAAUGUUGUUCUUUUUGUACACCUGAGGCUGGUUUGCAAAAGAGUCGAAACUAUUGCCACUAUGAAUAUUUUUUUUCUUAAACCGCACUAGCCAUAUUGCAAGGAUUUUAAACUGUCUUCUGUCUUGUGUUUUGCACAUCACAUCAAACCUCAGUAUCCAGGGAGUUACAGACAACAUAAAGGUAAACUGCCUCCUGCGUGUUAGCUGUUAAUUAAUUUCUGAUUAGUAUUGAGCUAAACAUUGAUCUCUCAGGCUUCUAGCUACUCAAUGUCUUACAAAGAACAGAGCUGUGCCACAACUGUAUAAGCGGGAGAUUAAUGACGACUCUUUAAAGUGCCUUCAAUUUGUCUUCGUUUCUCUGGAUGCUGUGAAGUGCAUAUGAUAAUUUUGUGAAUAACAUGGCUGGAAAAAAAGGCCACUGUUAUGUUUUGCAAAAAGAGUCAUUCCAUGUGUAUGUACAGUUUUACACUGAUUAUAACAUGAAGCUCUUUUUUUAGAUGUAAAAAAACAAGCCAUAAAAUGUAUUGUUUUUUUCCCAAUGAUAGUUAAUUUUCAAGAAGUGCAAAUUGAUUUUUCAUCAGUUUUCUGUCAGACACGGUCAGUAUACAGACUUUCCUGCAAUUCAAUUUGUGUUAUCAGGAUGAUUACCACGUGGUGAGAACUCAGGGUUUAAAAUAAACACAUAAUCAAUGAAUGCUUUCAUAAGAAAUAAAACUUUUUGAAACAUUGCCUACAAUAUCUCGAGAUGGUGCUAGUUUUCUUGCAAAUGUUACAAAUUGCUUGUCACAGAGUGGCUACACUGAAGUACAGUUGUACUGUGAAAACUGAUUUUCUUCCACAAAUAUAAACAGAGGAUGUUGGUUUUUUUUUUUAAAUUAACUGUGAUGUUUUAUUCGUGUACAGAUUUUUUCUUCCACUUUUGCCAAACAUCCUGACUGUAUAUUGACUGUAGUGAGUGCAUUACACAAUUACAUCACAUUAUAAAUGUUUUAUUUGUAGGAGAUGGAUAUUCAUGUUCUUUGAUAAUGUGCUGCACUAUAUCAGUGAUAUUUAAGUUCUCUAAAGGAAAUUACCCCAAUCACUUCAAAGUAAUAGUUGUAGGAAAUAUACACAUUUUUCUUCCAAGGAGUUAAAUGAAAUGAUUGAUACCACCUAAUAGUCUGGACAGCACUGAAUGCUAUGUCACAAACUUGUUGCUCAGAACUAUCAAUUGUGGAGCUUUUGCAUGUUUAUUCAGAGAGUUUGGAAAUAUGCCUUUUAUUAAAUCAUCUAAAAAUUAGCUUGAGAGAACAUUCAUAAAUUUGCUAAAAGAGGCCACUGUACUGUUUCUUUGAGCAAUUAUCCUAAGUUUGCAGAGGGAAAAUGUUUCCUUUGCUCUGUCCAAGGAGAAAAAAUUACAUUCUCAAGUACACUGAAGCUUCCUGCUCAGCACAUAAUUUGUUUAAUCAAAAUGAAAACAGUCUGUUUAGUCCGUUUGUGGCUCUGACACAUUAAAGGGGAUCUAUUAGUCUCA